AUGCGCUUCACCGCCCCCACCAUCGCUCUCACAGCAUCUGCGUCUCUCCCCCUCCUCACCACCGCCCAGAUGGGCCCCGACGACACAAUCUGCGGCUUCCUCUACGGCACCGACUACACCGACGCCUGCUGCCACACUGUCAUAAGCCGCGGGAUUAAUGCGCCUUGCACUGAUAUCGAGUAUGAGCCCGCCUACCCCGCCUCCGGCCCUCUCUUCGGCCACGGACCCAGCGGCAUCGUAUCCGAAUACAUGACUCUUGAGGAUUUGGAGCAGGUGUAUUGGGAUUACUUCAGUUCCAAUGCUAUGGGUGAGACUAUGGCUAAGGCUGUUGCUGCGAUGAAGAACGCUUGA